AUGAUCUCGGCAAAAGAUAUAGGAGAACAGAAAUGUAAGACCUUUAUGUCAGAACAAUUAUUAACACGUGAACCAGAUCUGUUUGCAACGCUUAAAGCAACAAAGCUGAACACAUUCUCAACAAUGGAAAGAAAAACUAAAGUAAGAAAAACUAAGACCAUUAAAGGACAAAUUGUUGAGUUGAAGAAUGACCUUAAGUUUGUAUCACGGUUGCUUGCAGUGGGCAAAUCAAGAAACAUUGACAUGAAAGACGUUCUCACCUGUAGUUUUCGAAAAUUCCCAUCACCUAUUGCAACUGUUGAUGGAAAGCUUGUCAAAACACCAAAAUCCAAGUUAAUGCAUGUUCUCGAGAGUCGUGUAGAAGAUCCAGCAAUCGAACAUGUACCAUCUAAUAAUGCUUUGAUAUUGGAUGGAUUGGCUCUUAUUCAGAUGAUGAAACACAUCCCUGAUACCUUUGGGAAGUUGGUUGAGAUCAUACUCGGUAGAAUUUUAUCGUUGGCAUCAAAUUCAAA